CUCCCCCUUUUCCUUUCUGACAGUCAACAGGAAGACUGUGCCGAGCCUGCCAAAAAGACGAGAGAGAGAGAGAGAGAGAGAGAGAGAGAGAGAUCCAAACUCCAGGCUGCUUGUCCCAGCUAGAACAAAAAGACAAUCGGAGACCAGAGACCUGCUGCGUUUUAGAGAGAGACGAAUAACAUCUCCAGGAAUUUGCACGCGAGAAUAAGAAACCCCCCCAAAACCGAUCCGAUGUCUAACAAGCGUCCCAAAGCAGAAAAAACAGAAAAGGCAAAAAUGGCGCAGCGACUAAGCCGCGAUCUGACUUGCUCAAUCUGCCUGGAUUUAUUCAAGCAGCCCGUGUCUCUCCCUUGCGAUCACACGUUCUGCCACUCCUGCAUUACUAACUACUGGAGCGGCGGAGGCGGUGGCGCAGGCACGCGCGCACCUGGACAACCUGGCACCGGUUCAUCCGGCUCGUGCCCUCAGUGCCGCAAAGUUUUCCCCGGUCAUAGUUACCGGCCCAACCGCAUCGUGGCCAACAUCGUGGAGAGUUACAGCCGGGAGAUCGUGGAGGAGAGCGCGAGCGCCGCGGGCAGCACACUGAGCUUCGCACCGCGUUGCGCGCGACACCGCGAGGAGCUCAAGCUGUACUGCGAAGAGGAGCACGAGCUCGUGUGUCUCGUCUGCGCCGUAUCUCAAGAGCAUCGGUCUCACGCGCUGGUCUGUGUCGACGAGGCGGAGCAGAAAUACAGGAAGUCACUGAGCAGCUCAGUCACGGCACUUCAGGCGGAGCUGAACACGGCACUGGAGUGUGAGAGAGAGACUGAGGAUGAGGUGAGGAAACUGAAGGAACACACUGCAGACCUCAAGCAGCGUAUCGAGGCUCAGUUUAGUGACCUCCACCAGUUCUUGUAUCAGGAGGAGAAAAUGCUGCAGGUCAAGCUGAAGACAGAGGAGCGUCGGGAGCUGAUCCGGCUGGACGAGCACAAAGCACUGCUGUGUGUGGAGAUAUCACGAUUGCGGCGUGCUCUCUCAGAGAUUGAGGAAAAACUAAGAGAGCAUGAUCCAUACACACUGCUGCGGAACAUAAAGACUCUCCUUCAAAGGCAGCCACUGAAGUUUGAGAAACCGUCUCUGACACCGCCACAGCUGUGUGAAGGUCGAUUUGCUGGGCCGCUUCAGUACCGAGUCUGGAAAUCUCUCAUAGGCAGCCUCUAUCCAGUACCUUCAGCCAUCACCUUCAACUCAAGCACAGCGAACCCAUGGCUGAGCGUGACCCCAUCACUCACCUGCGUGCGCUACCAGACCUUCAACAGCUCUGCACGGGACAACCCACAGCGCUUCGACGCCGCUCUGUCCCUGCUCGGCAGUCAAGGAUUCACCCAUGGAUGCCACUACUGGGAAAUUGAGGUGUCCAGCAGCGCUGUGUGGACAGUGGGCGUGGCACGAGAAUCUGUUGCCAGGAAAGGUGUGAUCAAAGCUCUGCCAGCCAACGGCUUCUGGACCGUCUCGCUCUCCUAUGGUGUGCAGUACAUGGCGGGGACGUGGCCUCCCACUGUCCUGUCCUUGGAUGAGCAGUUGGAGCGCAUCGGUGUGUACCUGGACUAUAAGAGAGGCCUUGUGUCGUUCUACAACGCUGAGAGCAUGACGCACCUCUACACGUUCCGCGACACCUUUAACGAGACGCUCUAUCCUUACUUCAACCUCGGCUUUCUGGAUAAAGUGCACGAGAAUGAGCCACUUAAAGUGUUCAUGCCCAAAAUAUGAGCCUGAAUUUGGGUGCUAAUACUAAAAUGAGUGCAGUGUAGGGACUACACAAAACCUUGAAUGCACAACCAAGGGAUGGUUUAUUGAAUCAGUGCAUUCUUCUCAAUUAUAUUACUGAUAUAUUAUAUGAUAUUAUUCAGGAAUCUGGACUGGAUGGAAACUAAAUGUAAGGGAAAAACCUUUGUUGUGAGAGUAGAGCAUAGAGGAUUGAUCCAAGAAUUUUACUAAUGACAGUAAUUUGGGUUUGUUGCUUUACUGUCAUAACUAAUUUCCGUAUUAUUUAGAAAGUUCAACUCAAAGUCAAAGGAAAUGACGUCGUCUCUAAAAUGGUGGUGCUCUUAGACUUUUAGACCUCGUAGUAGACCAGGCUGGACCUGGUGUAGAUAUGAAUCUUCAGUAAGACUGCUGAUUCUUGGUUAGUUUCUGUGUUUUUUUUUUACACUCAGUAUCUUUGGAGGAGGAAUCUGAAUUAUACACUAUGUGGCCAAAAGUUUGUGGACACCUGACCACCAGACCCAUAUCUGCUGCUAUGACAGUCUCCGCUCUUCUGUGAAGGCUUUCCACUAGAUUUUGGAGUGUGUGGCUCUGGGGAUUUUUGAUCAUUCAACCACAAGAGCAUUAAUGAGGUCAGGCAAUGAUGUUGGGUGAGGAGACCUGGCGUGCAGUCAGCGUUCCAGUUCAUCCCAAAGGACUUCAGUGGGGUUGAGGUCACGGCUCAGUGCAGGACACUCGAGUUAUUCCAUUCCAACCUUGGCAAACCAUGUCUUCAUGGAGCUUGCUUUGUUCACUGGGGCAUUGUCAUGCUGGAACAGGUUCGAGUCUCUUAGUUCCAGUGAAGGGAAACGAAUGCUACAGCACACAAAUAUAUUGUAUACAGUUGUGUGGUUCCAACUUUGUGGCAACAGUUUGGGGAAGAACAACAUACAGAAGUGAUAGUCAGGUGUCCACAUACAUUUGGCCACAUAGUGUACGUACUAGAGUGUGUGUGAAUUCAGUUGCGGUGCCUUAAAUAAUUUAUCGGAACAAUAUUGGAACCUCUUUUUCUGAUUGACUCUUUAAAAAGGGCUUUAAAUGUUGUGUAUUCAUGAUAUCAUCUAGACCUCUAUAGCAUAUCAUGUUAUAAAUGUAAUAUACAUAUACACAUUAUAAUAUCAGGGUAUACUGGUAUGCUAAUCAAUCUAAUGGAAAUGUAGUGCAGUAUUAUUGUAUUUUGUGUUGUAAAUAUCCGAUUUUUUAAAAUGAUAAACCAGUGGAUCUGUUCAACAGCGGUUUUGGAGUCUGGAGAGUUUUUAUAUGUUAAAAAAAAAACCCUGAAAGGUUAUAUAUGAGGAGAAAUACACUAAAGUGCUGAGAUCUCUUGUAAUAAUCUUACAUCACCAUCAAGUGCUAUGAAAGCAUCACAGUGUUUAAUGAUAUCAUUUAAAGAGAUUAAUAAAAAAAAAAAAAAAAUGUACCAGCAAAUCUUAACAA